AUGGAUCAGCGCCGAGAACCGCAGACCUGGACCAUCCUCCGCUUUCUUCUCCCCUCCCAGCUGCGAGGGAAAAGCACCCUCAGUCCGCGGACCGGUGGCGAUAAGAUUCAGUUCCAGGCAAAAAGGCUGAAACAGACCGCGAGAGCGCAGUGCAAAAAGGGUGGCCAAGUGGGGAAGAGCAGAGAGGAGAAAGAAAUACCCAAGGAGAAAACGCGAGUCGUGAGGCCCCAGUCGCGGCCGCCCGAAGUAUCUCCGCAGCCCGGCGUGUGCGAGCCUUAA